AUGGGCGUCAACACGUACUCAUUGAGCUUGUUGCUCAGUCUCUCCAUGGGUACUAUCUCUCUUUCACAGGUUAUCACGAGUGACACGUACUUCUAUGGCCAGUCCCCACCUGUUUAUCCCUCUCCGGAGGGUACUGGCUCUGGCAAUUGGGAAUCUGCCUAUCAGAAAGCCAGAUCUUUCGUUGGAAAGCUCACGGUUGAGGAAAAGUUAAACUUCACUGCUGGUACCUACGUGAACAAUGGAUGCUCAGGAAAUAUUCCACCCGUCGAGCGACUUGGCUUCCCAGGCUUCUGCGUCUCUGAUGCCGGCAAUGGCCUGAGAGGGACAGACUAUGUCAGCAGUUGGCCAAGUGGCCUGCACGUUGGAGCUAGCUGGAAUAAAGACCUGGCUAAACAGCGUGGAAUCCAAAUGGGGGCCGAGUUCCGAAGAAAAGGCGUCAAUGUCCUGCUUGGGCCUGUUGUCGGUCCGCUCGGUCGUAUUGCCGAGGGUGGUCGCAAUUGGGAAGGCUUUGCAGAUGAUCCCUAUCUCAGCGGUGCUCUAGUACAGCCCACAAUUGAAGGUGUGCAGACUUCGAGUGUUGGAACCUGCGUUAAGCACUAUAUCGGAAACGAACAAGAGACAAACCGAAACCCCUGGACAAAUGAUCAAGGUGUGACUGUGGAAGCUGUCUCAUCAAACAUUGACGACAAGACCAUGCACGAGCUGUACCUCUGGCCUUUCCAAAAUGCGGUUCUGGCCGGGAGCGCUUCCGUUAUGUGCUCCUAUCAACGUGUUAACAACUCUUAUGGUUGCCAGAACAGCAAGACCCUGAAUGGGCUUUUGAAAACAGAGUUGGGCUUCCAGGGGUACGUGAUGACUGAUUGGGGCGCGCAACACGCUGGCAUCGCCGCUGCCAAUGCUGGCCUGGACAUGGUGAUGCCUUCCUCUGACAUGUGGGGAGAUAACCUUACCAUUGCUAUUAACAAUGGCUCGAUGGAAGCAUCAAGACUGGAUGAUAUGGUCACUCGCAUCCUGGCAACGUGGUAUCAAAUGCACCAAGAUGAGAGCUUUCCUCACCCCGGUAUUGGCAUGCCCAGUGACAUCAACGCCCCGCAUCAGAAGGUCAUGGGCAAAUCUGCCGACUCGAAAAACAUUCUGUUCCAGGGUGCAAUUGAAGGCCAUGUCUUGCUAAAGAACACAAACAACGCCCUACCUCUCCAGUCCCCUUCUCUGGUUUCAGUCUUUGGGUAUGAUGCACAGGGGUCGGAUCACCUGGAGGUUGCCAUCGACGGAGUCUCCAAGGGCACGGCACUCCAGAACAGCACCUUAUAUGUCGCUGGUGGCUCGGGUGCUAACUCCGCUGCCUACGUGGAUAGUCCUAUCGACGCUAUCCAGCGCCAGGCUUAUGCGGAUGGUACCUCUGUGAUGUGGAACUUCUAUUCCCAAGAUCCCGCGGUCGAUCCCACCUCAGACGUCUGCCUGGUCCUUGUCAACAGCUACUCCACUGAAGGUUCUGACCGUCCCGGCUUGACUGAUGACUACAGUGACACUUUGAUUACCAAUGUGGCUAGCAAGUGCUCCAACACGGUGGUUAUCGUGCACAACGCGGGGAUUCGCAUCGUCGAUGACUGGGUUGAGAACGAGAAUAUCACAGCUGUCAUGUUCGCUCACUUGCCUGGCCAAGAUACCGGUCGCUCUCUCGUGGCGCUUCUUUAUGGUCAUGCCAACCCGUCUGGCCGACUUCCGUACAGCGUUGCGAAGAGCCCAUCUGACUAUGGAUCACUGCUGCAGCCUUCCCAGCCCGAGGGCGAGUACCAGCUAUUCCCGCAGUCUGAUUUCACCGAGGGCCAAUUUAUUGACUAUCGCGCAUUUGACGCGAGUGACAUCACACCGAGAUAUGAGUUCGGGUUCGGUUUGUCGUAUACUACCUUCGAAUACUCGAGUCUGCAACUGCAGAAGACAAAUAAACCCGCCUUGCAGUAUCCCCCCACAGCGGAUAUCGUAGAGGGUGGCAACCCACACUUGUGGGAUGAGCUUAUGACUGUCACUGCGACCGUGCAGAACACUGGCAGCGUUGACGGCAAUGAGGUUGCUCAGCUGUACCUUGGUAUCCCCAACGGACCGAUCCGCCAGCUUCGUGGGUUUGACAAGGUCACGAUUGCCAGUGGAAAGAGUGAGACUGUCAACUUUUCGCUGACUAGGAGGGAUCUGAGCAGCUGGGAUGUGAAUGCUCAAGAGUGGGCUCUCCAGGAGGGAGAGUAUGAGGUCUAUGUUGGUCAAUCGAGCCGGAACCUGCCUUUGCACUCUACAUUCACCCUCUAG